AGAAUUAUUAUUAUUACUGCAUGCAGAGUUUGGCCAAGAAGAGGAGACCGGACGGGCUCGUUAUUCACCGGGGUCCCGAGUGCUAUGUUUUACUCGGCAAGUAUUGAGCGAUCGGUUCACCCAAGCCGAAAGAGGACAUUUCGAAUGGCGUUCGCAAAGUUCAUUGUUCUCUCGGUCGUAGCGUAAUUAUUGUUAAUAGCCAGUCAUAGUCGAGAAAAGUCGUCUAUAUUUAGAGUUAAUCGUCUUAUUUAUCCGUAUAUUUACUAUAUAAAACGUGGAGUUGCGUGUAUUUUUAGUUUUUACGGGCUUUUAGUGUUGUCUAAAGUCGUUCGGUUCAUAAUUAACUCUGGUCAAUAAUGCCGAUUGUAAUCCUCGGACGAGUCACGGUUUUCAGCAUCCUGCGACACCCUGUUUUCUCCGCCACAAAAAGUUAAUCAAGAAGAGUUGCAAUGUGGGAGACUGGGUUGAGACCUUCUCAGCUCAGUAGGGUACCACCUUUGUUAGUGUAAUUGGAUUAUGGAUUCCUACGAUAUUUUUGGAGAAGAUGUGGCUGGGGGAAUGCUCGAUGGUCUUCCCGACUUGGGUUCUGACAAUUUUGAACCCACCCCCCAAGCAAGAGAACCUCCUGGAAAUCCUGCUCAAUAUUCAUAUCCGCAUCAAAUGGGGGAGAUGCAUCAAGAGUCACCUCUACAAAAAUUAGCCUCUUUUGGAGGUGAAUAUACAUCAAAUCAUUUAGAUUCUGCUGGAGGUCAUGUGUAUCAUGGUAAUCAUGCUGGAUAUCAUGGGGAUGCCCCACGCCCCAUGCAUCCGGCUAAUCCUAACACUGCGUACAGUAGAGGUAUGAUGCCACAACAUGAUUUGAGGAGGCCUGGAUCUCAGUAUCCUGGGUAUAAUAUGCCACCUGAUAACAUGUAUUCUAUGGAACAAGGGCAAGGAUUGCCUGAUUGGAACAGUGGUCAUUUUCCAUCUUCAGUAAGACAUUAUAAUAUGCAACCUAACCAAUAUAGACAAGCGAUGGGUGGAUAUCCUCAUCAGCAGGACUCUGUCAGUACCCAAAAGAUUGGCCAAAAUUAUGGUGCUAAUCAACAAGCAUUAAUGAACCCUAUGUUGCAUCAAGGCAUGCAAGCUAAUUCCUACCAAAGAAAUCCACAACAGCAACAACAACAGCAGCAGCAGCAGCAACAACAACAGCAGCAGCAGCAGCAACAACAGCAGCAGCCACAUUAUCCUCAAGGGAUGGUAUACCCUGGAGCCACUGGCGGCUAUGGGUAUGCAAGUCCCAUGCACCAACAACAGACAUCAUCUCGAAUGCCCCACCAUAUGCAGUAUUCUUCUCAACCUCAGCAAAUGUUGACUGAUCUUAAUCAAUCAAACCAAGGAGGAGGUUAUAAUAUGCAAUCACACUCAAGUAAUAUGGGUGGUCCACAUCAAGGUUUUCAGCAAGGGAUGACUAGGCCUAUAGGAGUAGAAGUGGCAAAUCCUCAGUACACCAAAGGUCAUUCUCAAGGGAGCAGCCCUCAGUAUAGGGCACCAUUUCCUCAGUUAUCUCCCCAAAUGUCCCCAAGACAGCAAAUGUCUCCAAGGCCUCAAAUGUCCCCUAGGCCGGUGAUGUCACCAGCCAAACCUACAACUCUAUCCCCACAUCCUCAUUCACAACAACCUACAGUGUCUCCAAGACCUGCAACAUCUCUUACACCAAAGACAAGUGCUCCAUCACCAGCUUCGUUCCCCCAGCAGAGCACAUUACAACAACUCGAGCAGAUGGUAAUGCCUCAAACAGGAAGUAGUUCAAGUAAUACGGAAUAUCCAUCUUUCAGAGGUGCUCAACCUACACCUCCUCAAUGGCAGCCUCAAAGACAGACUCCAAUUAAUGGAGGCGUAAAUUCUAUGCAAGAUCAACUAUCUCCAUUUCCCUCAAAUAUUCCACCCACUCAGACUGAAGACCGACCAAUUGAUCCAUCAAAAAGCCACAGUACUUUAUCAAGUAAAACCUCGGUUAUGCAAUCUGAAAUGAGAAUACCCACUCCACAGACAGAAUCUCAGUCCAUCCCACCUAGUACAAAUGGCUCUUUAGAUUUUCCUUCGUCAGUUACCAAGGAUAACUUUUCAAACUCAUCUCAUAAGCCAACUUCACAGUCUAUGGAAAUGCCUGUGACAUCUCUGGGCGAAUCUGGCAAUUCAUCCCAACCCAAAAAACCUAUGGAUGGGCAAACUAACAUGGGUUACACUGGAGAAUCUCUAGGUUUUCAAAAUGGCAAUAAACCUGAGGAAGUGUUAUCAAAUCAUAACGAUCAGCCUUCAGAAAGUGUGAAUCAGAUGGCUCAAGUUCAUAGAUCUCCAUCUCAACACUCGCCUCCUAAUCAGUCGCAUAGCAUAUCCUCUCAAUCAAAUGUUCCCCAAAAGUCACAAAUGCCUGGAGUCCAACAGCAGAUUUCAACAAAUAUGACUUCCCAACUUAGUCCACAUGUCAGUCAGCCGUUAAGUUCCAACCUCCAGCAAUCGUCUCAGAUGUCACCUGUAUCCCAGCAGCCACAAUCCCAACCCCAACCAUCACAGCCUACAUCCCAACAAAUGCCAACAUCACAACAGCCUCCAAAUAUGCAUUCCCAAAUGGCAACUUUACAAUCUCAACAGUCUAAUUUGGUACCUCCAAAUACAAUGAGCAACAGUUUGCAUGCUCAACAUGGUAUAGGGAUGGGGGUUUUUCCGCCUAUGCAAAACCAACAAACCAUACCUCUUUCACAUCCCCAAAUGUAUUCCGACAAUGCCAACAGACCACCGGUGUAUCAAUCACCAAUAAGUCAUCAACAGGAAAUGGCUGCUCUACAACAACAGCUUCAAGAAAUAUACUGUAUGCCUCCAGCUCCUGACAACCAAAUAAAGAUAUCACAUUUACAAGAGAGAAUAAAUAUGCUACAGCAUCAUGAAGCUAAUGAUCAAUGUAUUGGUGGUAGCAACUGUUUACUUCAAAGUCCAUUAUGGCUUAGUGGCCCAAUAGACACAGUUUCACAGAUAAGCAGUACGCCUCCUGCAACCAGUGGUAGAGGAAGAGGAAGAGGUCGAGGGUCAGGUUCAGCUCCUAGAGCCAGAAAACCUAGAAAAACGAAAGGUGAAGUUGAUGGUCCACCUCCCUUUAGCUCUCCACCAGAAAUGAUGGGUAUUUCACAGCCGCCACCACAAACAUUGUGUCCACCAACACUUCAGCAGAUCCAACCGUCUGCAUUAGGUGUUCAACAGAAUUCUUCAUUGCAGCAGCAUCCCCCAAUAAUGCAACCUUCGACUCAGUCCCAACCCAUGCAACAGCCAACUUUAUCAUUACCAACUCAGCCCUUACAACAAACACAAUUACAACCCCAAUCAUUGCAACUACCACCACAGGCGCAACUUUCUCAAACUCAGCCUGAAUUGCAUUCACAAAACAUGUCUCAAAUUCAACCUCAGCCUCAUAUGCCUCCCCUUCUGCAGCAACACCAACAACUUCCUCAACCGCAGGCUCUGCCCCAAGGCAAUUCUCAACCUCAAACACCGCCACCGUCUCAGUCUCCAUUACAAACUUUAUCACAACCCCAGGCACAAUCUCAGUCUGAAGCUCAACCCCAAGAGGAACUUUCACCUGAUCAACCUUGUACUGAAGAACCUCCUCAAUUACCCAUUGAAGGGACUCCAUCGGUGCCAGUUUCUAUUCAGCAAGAUCCCCCAGAUCAGCCACCCAUGUUGACUGCAGAGACAUCAGUGUCAAGUGACCCUGAUCUCCCACCCCCACCACUUGAAUCACACGACGAACCUGUUGAAACUGUUAAUAUGAAUACUACUGCUGAAGAAACUAGUGUCUUUAAUUUCACCGAGGAUGAAGAACCACCUCCCCCACUUCAUUUUGAUAUGGACAAAAAAAAGCCCCGGAAGCCAAGGGCUCCAAAGAAACCCAAAGAGCCAAAAGAACCAAAGCCUCCGAAAACUAAAGAGCCUAAAGCUCCUAAAACUCCUCGCACACCUAAAACGCCAAAAGAGCCAAAGGAACCAAAGAAAAAGCGAGAAAAGGCUUCAUCAGAUUCUCCUGAGGAAACAAAAGGAAAGAGGAAAAAGAAGCGAGUGAGUGAUGAAAGUCGUGAAGAUAAUGAAAAUAAUGGCAAUGAAGAUGAAGCAAAAGUUGCUAUUGAGCAAGGAGAAAUGGACUCUAUUGAAAAAGAACAACCACAAUCGGAAACACCCGCAGAAGAUACGACAGGGCUUGAUACGGAACAAGAAGAAACUCCUGUCAAAGGGAAAAAAGGGAAAAAAGAAAAGAAGCCCAAAAAGCCUAAGGCUGUUAAGAAAAAGAAGAAAGUGCAAACUCAGGAAGGUGAAGAAAAUGCUCCUGAAGCUCCUGAAGAAGAUGAUAGUAAUAAGAGGAGAUCUGCUCGAAAUACUCAAAGAAAGAAGUAUGUUGAUGAUAUUAUGUUAUCUAUAUCAGAUGAAGAAAGCGGAAAAUCUGGAUCACCUAAGAUAGAGACGGUCAAAAAUUCACCAGAUGCAGCGAACACCGAUCCUCUGAAACACAAUUUUGUAUAUAUCAAUCCAACAGAUGAAGAUUCAAUGGUGGUUCAGUAUAUUUUAGCGACUAGAAAGGUUAUGAAGGAAGUAAAAGUUGAAGAGGAAAAAGAUAAAAAGGUAGAAAUUAAAAGUGAAGGCAUAGGUGCAGAUCAGCCUCAAAGUGAGGAGACUGUCGUUGAGAAUAAACCCUUGGAAGGGCCUCCUCAAGUCGAAAAACCAAAACCUAAAACAGAAAUGGUAGAAAUUGAGGAAUAUUAUGUGAAAUAUAGAAACUUCUCUUAUUUGCAUUGCGAAUGGAAAAGUGAAGAAGAACUUUUUAAAGGUGAUAAAAGGAUUUCAGCCAAACUUAAAAGGUUCAAACAAAAACAAGCAACUCAAACAAACAUUUUUGAAAAUCUUGAAGAAGAUCCUUUCAAUCCAGAUUACAUUGAAGUAGACAGAGUGCUUGAUGUAGCUGAACACACAGAUCCAAAUACAAACGAGACAGUUAAGCAUUACCUAGUCAAAUGGAGGUCACUCCAAUACGAAGAUAGCACAUGGGAACUACAGGAUGACGUUGACCCCGCAAAAAUUAAACAAUUUGAAAGAUUCAGCAAACUUCCACCCAAGGAUUUGUGGAAACCAAAAAAGAAACCUUGUGCCAAAGAAUGGGUUAAAUUAGAUAAGUCUCCAGUAUAUAAAAACGAAAAUACAUUGAGAGCUUACCAGCUUGAAGGAUUAAAUUGGCUCUUGUUUUCAUGGUACAAUGGGAGAAAUUGUAUACUAGCAGACGAAAUGGGUCUAGGGAAAACAAUUCAAUCCUUAACUUUUCUGCAUGCUGUUUUUGAAUAUGGAAUUCGAAGUCCAUUUUUAGUCAUAGCACCACUUUCAACGAUUCCAAACUGGCAGAGAGAAUUUGAGGCAUGGACUGAGCUCAAUGUUAUUGUGUACCAUGGAUCUGCUGCAAGCAGAAACAUGCUCCAAGAGUACGAGAUGUUUUUUCGCAAUGAGAAAGGACAAAUUAUGAAAGAUCUGCCCAAAUUUAAUGUUUUGAUUACAACAUUUGAGAUAAUAAUAACAGAUUUUCAAGAUCUAAAAGACUUUUCAUGGAGGAUAUGCGUUAUUGAUGAAGCCCAUAGAUUGAAGAAUCGAAAUUGUAAAUUGUUAGAAGGGCUGCGUUCUCUCACUUUAGAACAUAGGGUCCUCCUUUCUGGAACCCCAUUACAAAACAAUGUCAACGAACUGUUCUCCUUGUUGAAUUUUCUCGAGCCCCAACAGUUUGCAUCCAGUGAUGCUUUUCUUAAUGAGUUUGGUGCUUUAAAAAGUGAGAAUGAAGUUCAAAAGUUACAAAUUAUUCUCAAACCAAUGAUGCUAAGAAGACUGAAAGAAGAUGUAGAAAAGACACUAGCUCCCAAGGAAGAGACUGUCGUAGAAGUGGAAUUGACCAAUAUUCAGAAGAAAUAUUACAGAGGUAUUUUGGAAAGAAAUUUUUCAUUCCUUUCUAAAGGAACUACUUCUGCAAAUGUGCCAAACCUUAUGAACACAAUGAUGGAACUUCGAAAAUGCUGCAUCCAUCCUUAUUUGUUAAAUGGUGCUGAAGAUCAAAUACAGCAUGAUUACCGUCAACAACAUGGUGAUGACCCUGAUUCCUAUUACAAAGCCUUAAUUAGUUCUUCUGGUAAAAUGGUGCUUAUUGACAAGUUACUCCCAAAGUUGAAAAGCAGCGGGCACAGAGUACUGAUUUUCUCACAGAUGGUUAGAUGUCUUGAUAUCUUGGAAGACUAUCUUAUGUUCAGGAAAUAUCCAUUUGAACGAAUUGAUGGUCGGAUUCGUGGUAAUAUGAGACAGGCUGCGAUAGAUAGAUUCUGCAAACCUGAUUCUGAUAGGUUUGUGUUUUUGCUGUGCACAAAAGCUGGUGGUCUGGGUAUCAAUUUGACUGCAGCCGAUACGGUGAUCAUUUAUGAUUCUGAUUGGAAUCCACAAAACGAUCUCCAGGCUCAAGCCAGAUGUCAUAGGAUAGGACAACAGAAGAUGGUUAAAGUUUACAGAUUGUUAUGCCGGAACACAUAUGAAAGGGAAAUGUUUGAUAAAGCAUCUUUGAAACUCGGCUUGGAUAAAGCUGUCCUGCAAAGUAUGAACACAGCUCAGGGAGGCAAAGAAGUUGGCGGGAAUAAUAAGCAACUUUCUAAAAAGGAGAUUGAAGAUUUACUCAAAAAAGGAGCGUAUGGUGCAAUCAUGGAAGAGGAUAGUGCUGCUGAUAAAUUCUGUGAAGAAGAUAUAGACCAAAUUCUAGAAAGGCGGACGCAGAUAAUAACUCUAGAAAGUGAAAAAGGUUCGACAUUCUCCAAAGCUAGCUUUGCUUCAGCAGGUAUCCGUGCAGAUAUCGAUAUUGAUGAUCCAGACUUUUGGAAAAAAUGGGCAAAGAAGGCUGAUAUCGAUACUUCUGAACGUGAUGAACAGAGUGAACUUUUAAUGCAUGAGCCUAGGAGAAGGACUCAGAUCAAGAGGUAUGGACACGAUGAAGCUGUCAUGGACAUCUCUGAUUUAGAGAGUUCUUCUGGUGGCGAUUCGGAUAAUGACAACGAUGCAUCAUUAGGAGUUGGAAGAGGUCGAGGUCGGAGAGUUAAGAACAAACUUCAUAAAAAGCACAAAUUCCGCUUUGAAGACUACACUUCUAAAGAUGGAGAGAUUGCUUAUGGAACAUGGGCACGGUCUGAGUGUUUUAAAGUGGAAAGAGGUCUUCUUACAUUUGGAUGGGGUCGUUGGCAAGAAAUUUUAGGACACAAUCAAUUUAGGGAUGGAUGGAAAGAAGCUGACAUUGAAGACUGUGCUCGAGUUAUUGUACUCUAUUGCUUGAGGUUCUACAGAGGGGAUGACAAAAUCAGAACUUUUAUCUGGGAUCUCAUCACACCUCCAGAAUAUGAUUCUAGGAAUCAUUUAGAAAUGUUUCCAGGACAAGUCCAAAGCAUACCAAGAGGUAGAAAGGCAGCCAGGAAACUCAAGCACUGUGACGGCAUGGACUUUAGUGACCAUUGGAGUCGCCAUGAAAAGUUUGACGGAGAUAUUUUCCUCGAAAGCAGCUAUAGAAAACACCUGAGUCGGCAUGCUAACAAAUUGUUGUUGAGAGUUCGUAUGUUGUACUACAUCAAACAUGAAAUCAUUGGAGACCUUGUUCAGCACAUAUCAGAAGGAACACAUAUUAGCUCGCUGCCCAUGGCUGCACCACAUUGUGACCAGAGCACUUCACCGGCCCCUUGGUGGGACAGGGACGCAGACAAGUCCUUGGUAGUGGGCACUUACAAACAUGGAUACGAGUCUUACACCGAGAUGAGAAGAGAUCCCACACUGGCAUUUAUCUCCCUCUGCGGCCCUCCAUCUAACAUACUUGAUGAUAAGGAAAUGAAACUGAGCGAUGAAGAUGACGUGUCAGAAACAGCUGGAGGCAUCGGGACAAGCGAUGAAGUUUCCCAAGCUGAUACAACGGAAGAACCAUCUGCUAGUACUGCAGCACCAAGUGAAGAUGAUCCAAGUAAACCCCAAUGGCCCUCUAUGGUUGAUCUGAAUCAAAGACUGAGGAGAGUGAUUAAUUCCUAUCAACGAAACUUCAAGAAAGAAGAAUUGAAAUUAGCUCAAAAAGCAAAGCAAACUGGUAUUGGCGGUGGAGAUAGUCAAGCAGGGAUGGACAUCUCCACCUUGAUGGCAGCCCGGGGCUGGGAUUGGCACCAGCUCGCCAUGUAUCUAUGGAAAGUUGAAAGGAGAGAGAAGUUUGAUCAGAUAGUCAAAGAGAGAGAAAGACAAAAAAUGGAAGUUAAUCAACGAAAAUGGACACGAAGGGAGGAGCAGGACUUCUUUAGAACUAUAUCUACUUAUGGAGUUGAAUUUGACAAACAAAAAAAGAAAUAUGAAUGGACCAAGUUCCGUGCCAUUUCUAAAUUAGAUAAGAAAUAUGAUGAUACUUUAACUGAAUAUUAUCUUGGAUUCUCUGCAAUGUGCAAGCGAGUUUGUGGUCUCAAACUGUCACCUGAAGAGGAAUGUGUGGACAUAGCUGUCGAACCUAUUUCAGAAGAAAGGGCUAGGAGAGUACUUGAACGUGUAGCUUUGUUGUGUAAAAUAAGAGAAGACACUCUUUGUCAUCCUCAGCUUGACGCAAGGCUUGCUUUGUGCCUUCCAUCUGCUGAUGUUCCAGAGUGGUGGAUUCCUGGAAAACACGACAAAGAUUUAUUAAUUGGUGCAGCAAAACAUGGAUUAGGGAGAACAGACGUGUACAUAUUAAAUGAUCCGGAACUGUCAUUCCAUGAAGUAGCAAGAAAGAACAUAAUGAACUUGAAAGGAGAGACAAAUGUAAAACUGGAAAGGCCUGAAGAUUUAAUGCCACCUGACAAGAAUGAAAUAGUUGUUAAAUUGGAGAAAGGUGAAGGAACGCUGAAAAUCGAAAAAGUCGGUGUGAAAACUGAUCAAGAUGCUCAAGAUGUUAAACAGGAAGUGGAAGAAAAAGAGAAAGAGCUGAAAGUCGAAAAACAAGAAGGAGAAGAAAUUGAUAAUACUGCUAAGACUGACGAGCCUGCUGCUGAUACUAAGCAAGGAGAUGAUAAAAUGGAAACUGUAGAAGCGGAAAUGGAAACAGAAAAACAGAUUGUUGUUAAAGAAGAGGAAGAGAGUAACAAGACAAUAGAAUUAUCAUCUAAACUUAAGGAAAGAAGUGAAAACCAAAACCCUUCUCCCAAACCGGCAGAAGUGCCAAAUGUUCCAGCAAAUUAUGAUAAGCAGGAUCAACAAAACAACACUGUUCCUGAUGUUAUAGAAGAGUCGAAAGAGGAAAAGGUCGAAGUCAAAGUAGAUACAGUCGAAGUACCUGUGGAAGGUGCUGUUAAAAAUGAAACUGAUGUUCAAACUGCAGAAAAGACUGUAGAAAUAGAAGUUCCAAAUGAAAAGGUUGAAAAACCUGAGGAUAACACGAGUAAAGAAGAAGAAAAGGAUGUAGAGGGCAUUGAAAGGUUUAAAGCAAUGUUUCCAGAAUUGGAAGUUAUGCAAAAACUACCAGAAAUCGAUACGACAGUUGUGACUGAAAAAGCUAGUGUUCCAGUCCCUCGUACUGCUUUAGACUCAACUGUUGCACAACUCAUUGCACACAGCUAUCAGAAUCCUAUUAAGUGGCCAAAGGAGCAUGCUCUUCAAGUACGACUUCAGCAUAUAGUACAUGCGGUUGAGAAUAAAGAAUGGCCUGUUGGAAGAAAUUUUACUGCUUACUCAGAUGACCAGCACCACGUUGACGAUUUGAUGAGGAGUUUUGGCGAACCUUCAGAAAUUAUAACUAUAACUACAGAUCAUGGGAACAAAGGCAGUUCUUUGGCUUCUAAAAGGAAACGGCAUAUUGCAAUAGAUGUUGAAACUGAAAGAGCAAAACUGCAUGCAUUACUUAAUAGUACCAACAUGCAACUGCAGCAUGCCAUGAAACAUUCUCCAAGCACUCCUUGGGAUCAUACAGACGAAUCUUUAUCAGAAGAUUCCAGGAGGUCUACUCCACUCACUGGCGUUGGGUUGCAACCACCUCCUGCUCAUCAGCAAUCUCAUGUUUCAAAUCGAAUGCUUUCUAUGCCUUUUGAUCUCAAGUAUCAUCCAGCACCUGUAGACAAAUCAACAACACCUGUACCCUCAUCUCCAAGCUCACUCACACCGAUCGAUCUUUCAUCAGGAAGUUCUAUGAAAUCUACAAAUGUAGAUACUGCCUCAAACACAAACUAUAUGGAGGAAGUGCAAGAUUUCUCACUGCCAUGUAAAAAACAGCAAACCCAGUCACAAACAUCAUCACAGUCACAACCUCAGGGUUCUGCUGCAAAAGGAAAAUUGGACGAUAUGUUAAAUAAACUAAUGCAAAAGAAAAAUUGUCCUAUAGAAGAGCCUGUGAUAGGAAAGGAAAAGAAACGUAGGAAGUUAGAUGAAAUAGUACUAGGUUUAUCUGCUGCCAAAGAACAAUCUACCGAUAAAAAGAACGUAACUCCAAGUGUUACUGUGACAUUAUCAAAUAAAAACAAUCCACCCAGGAGUUCUCAAUUCUCAACAAGCAGUUCUCCCUCCCCUCCAGCGCUUAAAAUGAAUAAACCUCAUGAUUCUGCAUACCUUGCUGAACAACACUGCCUUUUAUUAAAACAACAGCAACAGUUACAACAACAAAUUUUACAGCAGCAACAAGCCUUGAAACUUUCUCAACCUACAUCAGCAGCUGCUGCUCAAGUCCAAAGGAAAACGUAUGAAGCAAUGAUCGCUGACAUUUCAAAAGUUGCCGACUUUUCAUCAAAAAUAGGUGCAUACUCUCAUGAAGCAAAGGUAAACAAAUGGUUGGCAGAACAGAGUGGAGUUAUGCCAGAACAACCUCUUUCGGCUGAUUUCUUAUCACCAAGAAGACGGAGGCCAAGAGUUGAUCCAACACUAUUGGAUUGGAAAAAACUUACAGGCGAAGAAAAUGUAUCAGUUAUUAACAGGAUAACCGGGAAAAAGCUUACUGGUUCCAAAGCCCCACAGUUGAAAAGACUUGCCCAGUGGCUGCUUGAAAAUCCGAUGUUCGAUGUGGACCCUAAGUGGGCUGAACUUGUGAAGGAAAGAGGUAAUCUUCCUCAUGACUUACAAAAACGACUACCUCCGAGUGACAGGAAAAAAGGACCUGGAGGAAUCAAUCCAUCUUCAUUGCUGUCUGGACUGUCUCUUGGAGGUUUCGACCCGAAAAAUCCUUUGCUGCUACCAUUUGGAGGAAUGCCGAACAUGAGUGCCCUAAGUGGUAUGAGUGGUUUAGGGAACAUGAAUUUAACUAAUUCUAUAUUUGCAAAUUUGGCAGGCCUCGGUCUGCCAGGUUUAGCGGGAAUGGGAGGGGCUACAAGUGAUGCUACUUCUUCUGGAACUGUAACUGACACGACUUCGUCUAUUACUAAUGCUGGCGCAAGUACAUCCAAGCAAAAUAAACCCAGAAAACCUGAACAGAGUGGAGUAAAAACACCAGUAUCUUCAGCCCCUUCAAGUUUGCAAAGUUCACUGCCAUUCUUUUUUCCUAAUCCUAGUUUACUUUAUUCACCAUUGAGUUUGGGGGCACAACUUGGAGGUUUGAAUCCUUUCUCACUGCAGCCAGGGUCGGCGUAUGACAGUCUUGCUCUAUUAAAUGGAACUUUAGGGGUUAGUUCAGCUUCGUCAACAUCAACAACAUCACGAACAGCCCAUAAGAGUACAACCAACACUGUAGCUGGAAGAGCAUCUACGAUGACAUCAUUCAGCAAUGCCGCUUCAUCUCCAUUGUCUAACAGCCAACGUUCUGGUUCUAGGACUAAUACUCCAUUGCCACAGCAACAGUUUAUUUUACCCCAAGAUACUCAUAUAUUAGAAAGUCUAUCCAGAGGAGCAGCCGCUGCUGUGGCCGCAGCUGCAGCUGCUGCAACCAGUAACAAGGGUCGUGACAAAACACCGUCUCUAAAACCGAAAGAUCUCGAAGGAUUAAGAAAUCUAAUCCCCAAUUUGCCAGUAACACCUCAAUUUUCAAAAACAAGAGAACAAGAAAUGAAAGAAGCUCUGGAAAGCUUCACUAAGAAUUCAUCAGAGUUAUUAGCAAGAAUGGUGCAACCUCCUCAAGAUACAAAGAAGGAGGACAAAGGUAGUAAACGAACAAGAGAAUCUACUCCUGUACCUGACCUAGAACAAGUAUCAAAGAAACAUAAAAAUGAGAGUGAACUAGAAAAGGAUGAUCCAACCAGCAAUAACCCUCCUAAAGUUUCUUGUAGUGAUGAAGGACAGUUGCAGGUAUCAGCACCAGCAACUCCUCAAACACAGACUCCACCUCCUUCUAUAACACCAAGUUUAGAGACUGUACCGACAAAACUAUGCGAAACUCCGCCGGUGGUAGAAUCUCCUGUUCUUGCACCAACUCCUGCAGCUCCUGCACCAGUUCCUGAGCCAAUGAAUUUAGCUGAAAGUGCUGGUGAAAAAGAUACAGAUGAGCCUGAGUCAGUUAUGUUGGAAUCUACUCGAGAGGAAGACGAAGGAAGCGGCAGUAGAGGUGCUGAAGCUAGUGGUAAAAAGAAAAGGUCAAGAGGUAAAAAAAGUCCUGUAACAGCCUCUGUGAGUGAUGUAGUGGAAAGAAAGAACUUAAGGAGUAGUGCUGGAAGAGCUGCUGCUGCUGCCGCUGCAAGGCAACGGGCUGCCUCAUUAGAACAGCAUGAACCUGCAGUAUAGGCUUUCUACAUUCCAUUUCAUUUCAUUAUGCACGUUUCUUCUACCUGCUUCAAGAAAUUACUUUCUACUCAAAACUCGUUUUUGCUCUCGAUACAAUUUUUAUUUAAAGAAUGUAUAUUUUACUUUUUACCCCUUAUUCUUAAAUUGUGGGCCAUCAAUUAAUAUAUCGGUUUUUUUAUAUAUUUUAAUAUUCACUAUUAUUUAUUCUACAGACCUAAAGAAUAAAUCUUGUAUUGACAGCUUGAACUUUUGGGGCCAAAAUUAAGUGCAGUCCGAUAAAUAGUAGCCAGUGAUUCAAGCCUUGAAGUGGUUGGAAGAAAAAUAAUAUGACAGUGCAUUAUUAGUUGAUCUAAGAAAGAGUACACUAAGUUAAAAGUGGGGAUAUAACUUGGUGUACUGUGUCUGUACAUUACGCUUAAUACAUGACCAACAGCAUAAGACUUAAAUUAUUUUAAAAAAAAAUGGUUAUGGAAGUAGAUUGUACAGCAUAUUUAUGUGUGUAUAACAAUUUUAUCUUUAUUGGCGAUCUUUUUUUCUUUUCCAGAAUAUCU